AUGGCCGACCUCGCCGCACUACCAACUUCCCCCGACGCUAUGCAGGGUGUGAUCGCCGCCCCUGCGCCUGUGCCUGGGGCGAUGGACUCAACACCUGCAGAACCGGCUCCCCCUGCCGAACCUGAACGCAUUUCCGAGACCCUCUACAUCCAAAACCUGAAUGAAAAGAUUAGGAUCCCAGUCCUGAAGGCCUCGUUGCGUGGUCUUUUCAAGUCUUACGGAGAGGUAUUAGACGUAGUUGCACACAGCAACCUCCGUAUGCGAGGUCAGGCUUUUGUAUCUUUCGAUUCGGCAGAGGCUGCAAAGAAAGCAUUGAAGGAGGUUAGGGGAUUCCCUCUUUAUUCUAAGCCAAUGCAAAUUUCUUUCGCGCGGACACGCUCCGAUGCAGUAGUGAAGAAGCUCGAUUCAGUCCACUACGAGGAGCAUAAGGCGCGCAGGAUGGAGUACAAAAAGUCAACUCGGUACACGAAUCCUCUGAAGAGAAAGUAUCGUGCGAGAAAGAUGGCUGCAGAAAUGGACGGCGCCGGGGCAGCACCGGUAUCGAAGCGUCCGAAUGUACAGAUGCCCGACGAAUACUUGCCUCCGAACAAGAUUCUGUUCUUGCAGAAUUUGCCGGAGAGCGUCAGCAAGGAUCAACUUAUGGCGCUGUUCUCACAGUAUCCGAAUCUGCACGAAGUUCGUCUUAUUCCGACUAAGAAAGACAUUGCAUUCGUGGAGUAUAUGGACGAGGGCAGCGCUACCGUCGCGAAGGACGCUCUGCACAAUUACAAAUUGGACGGCGAGAACAAGAUCAAGAUUACCUUCGCCAGAAAGUAG